CCGAGUUUGAAUCAAAUAGAAUUGGACCGGGCCUGAUUGCCUGAUUAGGGUUAAGACAAAAGGCCGAGCGACUAUUGGGCGGGGGAGCGGAUCAGCAGGACCACUGGAUAGCCGAGGGAGGGGAGAGAGAGAGAGAGAGAGAGAGAGAGCAGAAGGCGAGGGGGACGAGGUGAGAAUGAGCCGGAGCCAGGGACUCCCGGUGAAGCCUCAGCAAGAGACGGCCAGGCACGUGGUGAGGGUGGAGCUCAAGAGCGGCGUGCUCUAUUGGGGAAUCAUGAUCGAGGGCGAGGACAACUGGAACUGCCAGCUCUGGAAUAUCAUUUGCACCGCCAAGGCCAACAAAUAUGGAGGCAUCUUGACUACUAUCAGUGCGCAUAAGAUGAUGAUAGGUCAAUGUGCUGCAACCUCAAAGGUCUGGGAUUCACUACUGCAAGAGUUGUGCUGCGCCCUCAGAUGUUCUCUCCAGGUGGUAAUUCUGGAAGCUUAGGAGAAGUUCCAAGCACCCUUUCCAUGUCGAAGCGGACUUCAAUAUUGCGAAUGCUAUAGCCAACUACCAUCAUCCAAAAUAGCAGAU